CAAGCGCGCGAGGCGACGUGGCGAGUGCCGUCUGUGCCGUCGUCGCUUCGGUGCCGCCGCGUUUUGUCGCACGUCGAGGCCUCCGCUGCCGCCAAGGUUGAAGUCGGCGUUCAACACCUGCGGCACCUUACGCCUACAGGCCUGCGAUCGCCGUUAUGUGUGGCGUGGCAGCUGCCAGCCCCGACAGCGGCGGCAGAAGCGGUCGGCGGUACGUCUUCGCCGGCAGGACUCGCGUCUGACAUACGCCGACGUCGUUGGUUUCGUUCCCGGGCCGUCGCUCUCGGCUCUUGCCAGGAUGGCAGCGGACGCGUCCCACACCGGCGAGAUCGUCAAAGUCGUGCUCCUCUGCGUCAUCUGGUACGGCAUAAGCUCGGGCAACAACGUCGUCGGCAAGGUGGUGCUCAACAACUUUCCCUACCCGCUGACCGUGACCAUGGUCCAGCUGUUCUCCAUCACGGUGUAUUCGGGACCCGCGUUUGCGCUGUGGGGCAUCAGGCCCUACCUGGACCUGAAGUGGGGCACGUACAUGCGGUGCAUCGUGCCACUGGCGUGCGGCAAGUUCUUUAGCUCCCUCACGUCGCACGUCAGCCUGUGGAAGGUGCCGGUCUCCUACGCGCACACAGUGAAAGCCACCAUGCCUCUGUUCACUGUAGUAUUGUCUAGGAUCAUUCUGAAGGAAAAGCAGACAUGGACGGUCUAUGCAUCAUUGCUGCCCAUUAUCUUUGGGGUCAUGGUUGCAACUAUGACCGAGAUUUCCUUCGACAUGACUGGCCUGAUCAGCGCCUUGAUAUCCACCAUUGGCUUCUCGCUGCAAAACAUAUACACAAAAAAGGUGAUACGAGACACCAAUGUUCACUACCUGCGCCUGCUGCAUACGUUUGCAAGGCUGGCGCUCAUGUUUUUCAUCCCGGUGUGGCUUCUCUUCGAUGCACGUCGUUUUAGCAAGGACACUUCGUUGUUCAAGCAGUCCGACGGCUUUACGGUGUUGCUGUUACUCUUCGUGGAUGGGGCACUCAACUUUGCUCAAAACCUGGUUGCAUUCACGGUGCUCAACAUGGUUUCACCGCUUACUUACUCCGUCUGCAAUGCGACAAAGCGGAUUUCGGUCAUCACCGUGUCCCUGCUCAUGCUGCACAACCCCGUCACACCCCUCAAUGUUUUUGGCAUGCUCACUGCAGUGCUUGGUGUCCUCUGCUACAACAAGGCAAAGUAUGAUGCAAACAAAGCAGCCCGGAAGGCUCUGCCCGUGUCAUCUCAAGACUUGAAUCCGCUGAUUAGGACUGCCGACCAGCACAAGCCCAUCAACGGCAUGAAUGGCGCUGCGCUGCACCUUCUUAGCCCUUACAACGAGAAGCUCAUGGGUCUUUGACAAGGGGACCCUGGCUAGACCAUGAAAUGAACAGAGUGCUUACUUGUGUCAACAAAAAGAUACAGUUGACAAAAAACAGUGAUUUAAGGGACCGAGAAAUUCCAGAAUGUGUCCACUGUCUGAACUAAAGUGACUUGCAUGUUCGUGUGGUGACUGCCUGGAGGAAGAGAUUCUCGCUGAACUUUCGAUGCUUUUCAUAGCGAUGCUGCACAACUUUACCUGUGUUUGCACUGAAGGUCCAAGACAGAUUUUCCGAACGUCUGCUCAAAGUGUGACUACUUUUUGUUUACCUUUUUAUGAUUGUGAUUUCCUGUACAGUGUAGGUACAUACAACCGACUUUGGUUAGGCAAGUGUUAUUGCGAAUUGGUAGCGCCGCUAAAUCCCCAGAUGGUCCUUUGUUGCUUGAAACUGGAAACAGGAUCCCUACCUUGUGUUGUGAUAUGCAGGACAGUCCUAGAGAAGGUACUUUACUUUCUAUUGUUUGUUGGUGUUGACUAGAGAGCUUUUAGCUAGAUUUUGUUGACAAAGACUUUAAUAUAAGGGUUUUUGUUUUUUUCCAGUGUUGCAUGACUACUGUACUUAUCGCACAUUCAAAAAUCACCCUCACGUGGUUGUCACAGCUGUUUAGACAAGUACAUGCCGAAUCAUGAAACUGUUGUCUUGCGUGAAUGAGGAACCGGUGAAAAUGUUGGCAGGGUGAAGAUGUAAUGUUAGAAGGAAAACUCAAUCUGCCCUGCUUUAUUGCUUUGUAAGUUUGUUCACAAGUAACCUGGAUCAAGUGGUCUGUUUUCUAUUUUUAUAGGCCUCCUUUGUGAAAGUCUUGUGCAGAAGGAUACGAACUUGUUGUGGAUUGUACUGCGAGCUUGUAUAGCGAUGUGGUGUUUGUUUUUAAUAUUUAUCAUACAUAUUGUAUAAUGAAUCCAUGGUCUGCACUUUCAUUAAGACAACUAGAAGACACUGAAACUUGCAAUGUGCUGUGUUCACAUGUUUAGCCUUUGCACAGGUUGAGUGCCUAGCAAGUUAGAGAAAGCUGACGAUGUUGUCCAAACUUUACUUUAUUCAUGGUUCUGAAGUCGUAAAAUUCGCUGACCGCCUGGUAAAGGCAAUGCUGAUUUUGGUUAACACUUGCACAACACAAGCACUUAACACUUGCACUUACACAAGUCAUGUUGCUGUUGCUAAGGUCAGUUGCUGUUUUGCUAAGGAUUUCAAACUGUGGCCAUACAAGACGGGUCACUUAUUCAAUCAACUCUAAAAUUAACUAAUAAGGAAGAAAUUAAACAUGCUUGAUAUACUACUAUAACUUUAAAACUGCAGCGGGUGCAGGCAUGGAGACUGCGCAUUAAUUGCAAACAUGGCAAAGUUAUAAAGCCCUUUGAACUGUCCUCAUUUCAUUUACAAAGGCUAAUUUGCGAUUAGCAGCGUGUCUUGCAAUAUGGCAUGUGCCUAAUGUGUGGGUCAAAGUGUAAUGGGAGCUGUAUGCUUCUUGGCAGACAUAUUUUUUGUACGGGCUCUUUGGUUUGGCAAAGCAAUAUAAACAAGAAGUUCAAAUCUUGAACUGCUUCAGCAAUGUGCCCUGUUUAGCCAACGCAUGACUACAUUCUCAUGCCUGAUGCGAUUGUGUGUCUCCACCGAGCUCAUGAGAGUUUGUCGGUUUCAUCACUGAUGCACUUUAAUUUACACCUUUAUAUGUAAUCCUCACAGAGCCCAGUGAUGGUGAAGUAUUAAAAAUGGGUCUGUGAAAAUGAACUAGUCAUGCAGCCAUUGUUACAUGACUAGUAGUUCUUUAAUGCAUGCACUACCAUUCAGUGUGUGUGCUUGCUGCAAUUGUUUCUGUGUUUAAGUGUAUUCUUUGAGAAUAUGGUACUCUUGGUAACUCAUAGAAUUACACUGCAAAUUUCUUGCUCUUUAUAAAAUGGUGUUUAAAAUUCAUGUUGCAUUAUUUAUGUCCUUUCAUUAGACAUGCUCUCAAUCUCCUGUGUACACAUGUAGGAGAUUAUGCAAAUUUUAAAGGAGAGUGAAAUUUCUGCCUCUGAAACAGGCAAGAUUGUUUUAGGCCUGGUGUUAUACUAUGAACUGGAGUUUUGUUAGAAGGAAAAGCUUCUUGAAUAUGUUGUGAAUUACAUGGAACAUUCCUCUCUAUGUGUUUGAUUUAAUAUUAUCGAGCUUCAUUGCUUGUAAGUAAUUGUCUAAACCUUAUUGCUUCAAUUUUAUGGCAGUUUACCAUAGUGGUGUUACUCUUUUGUAUUUACUUGUUUCUGUGCUUUUUAAUCUUGCACUUGUUUUGUUGAACCAUCAAAGGGAAAGGAAAAUGAAUGAGCAGCUGCAAGCCUAACUUGGCUCUCUAAAGUUUUGCUGUGUCAUAUGCAGUAGUUACAUUAAUACUAAAGAGAAAUUAUAUUGGUAGAUUGCUUGUCUGAAAUGCCAAGGUGGCCAGUCUUGUAGUGAGCAGUGGCUUGGUGAGUAGGAAAGGAUGAAAAAACAAAUAUAGAGAGAUGAGUGGUGAGGUCAACUUAGACUUCCUGCCCUAGCUUUCUGUGAUGUCGAGGAUAUUGACAUUCCUUGGAGCCAGUUAGUUGAUAAGUGAAGAAUGAUUGCAUUGAUUGAAAAGUAAGGAAGUGCACAUCCUGGAAGCUUUUGAGAACUUCCACUGUGCAGAAACUGUACAAAUGUGCUAAACUAUAGUGAACUCCAUGAUGACACUGAUGGUGCUUGGUCACAAAAUUCAAAAGGUGAAAUUUACCUGUAAUUCUCCAUCAAAUAUGAACUUGAGUUCUAGCUCCGUCAAAUAGAGUUGUAAAAGCGUAGUCUACCAGGCUAAACUGAUUUAUUGUUUCUGAAAAAUGUUUAAAAGCUCAUUAAAAAAAAAUCAAAACAGUCUUAUUGAGAGGAGCAAGUAGCAGUUGAAGUUGCUGUUUUGCUAAUGUACAAUUGCUUGACUUGAUAUGCCUGCGAGGUAAUGUCCAUUAUACAGUAUUCCACAUUGGUGUUUUCAUGUGGUAUGGUCAUCUUCCCUGCUUUCGUAUGUAGCAGUGUUUAUUCUUCUCAUCUUCCCUGCUUUAGUAUGUAGCAGUGUUUAUUCUCCCAAGGAAAUUUCAGAAAAUUUCAUUGUCGAUAUAUUUUAGUAGAGUCUGCUGAGGGACUCUGAAGCUUCCAGAGGAAGAUUAUGGCAAAGCUCAAUAAACUCGGCAUGCUUGCAGGAUA